AUGGGUCUUCUUCGCCCUCCCAAGCGGACCCAAAAGGUCAUCCCAGCCAAGCCUACGAAAGGCCACUUCUUCUUCGCAGGAAAGGAAUUUCAGCGCCUCAAAUGGUGGAAGAGACGUAACAUGCGGACUCUUUAUUUUUAUAUUGUCAUUUUGAUUCUCACCAAUACAGCCAAUGGAUUUGAUGGGUCUAUGAUGAACGGUCUUCAGACUCUGUCGUACUGGCAGGACUACUUCAACCACCCUCGUGGUUCCGUACUUGGUCUAUUCAACGCUUCCAUGAGUCUUGGUUCCCUCAUCGGUCUUUUCUGUGUUCCCUAUAUGAUCGAUCGCCUCGGUCGAAAGAUGGGUGUCAUUAUCGGCUGCCUCAUCAUGCUUCUUGCCGUUGGCUUGCAGUCCGGUGCUCGUAACUUUGGCAUGUUCGUCGCCGCCCGCCUUCUGCUCGGAUUUGGCGAUUGUAUCGUACUUGGCUCAGCUCCUCUUCUUAUCGCGGAAAUUGCGCAUCCCCAAGACCGUGCUGUCCUUGUUACACUCAGUGGUGCUUCGUACCAUUCUGGUGCUUUCAUUUCCAGUUGGGUCACCUAUGGUACUCUCCAGAUCAAGAGCGAUUGGUCUUGGAGAUUACCCAGCCUUCUCCAGUCGAUUUGCAGUGUCGUCAUUCUUGUUGGAAUCUUCUGGAUGCCUGAGAGUCCGCGUUGGUUACUCAGCAAAGAUCGCCAUGAUGAGGCCCUUCGAGUCCUUACGCACUACCAUGCUGAGGAUGAUGUGGAUGACGAGUUUGUUCAACUGGAGUUUAGUGAGAUCAAGGCUGCCAUUGCUCUCGACAAGGAGAUUGGACAGACUGGAUGGGCCGAUUUUCUGAAGACCAAGGGGAACCGCAAGAGAAUUGGUCUCAUUACUGCUCUUGGAUUCUUCAGUCAAUGGAGUGGCAACGGUCUAAUCUCCUACUACCUCAAGGGUAUCAUGGAUGCUGUGGGUAUCACCAAGGCUGAGACUCAGCUUGGCAUCAACGCCGGAAUGAAGACUCAGGGCCUUAUAAUCAACACCACCUUUGCCUUCUUCAUUGAUUACUUUGGUCGUCGUCCUAUUUACCUGACCUCGACCAUUGGUACUUGUGUUAUCUUCAAUUUCUGGACCAUCGUUUCUGCUCGAUAUGAGAUCGACCCCAACAAGGCUCUGGGAUAUGCUUUCGUUGCUCUGACCUUCAUCUACGGUUUGUUCUACGAUGUGAAGUCUGGUCUCAUGGCCAAUUACACCACCGAAAUCCUGCCAUACGGCCUUCGCGCAAAGGGCUUCACUUGGCUUAACUUCUGUGUUACCGCCGCGUUGUUCUUCAACCAGUAUAUCAACGGUAUCGCCCUUGACGCCAUGGGCUGGAAGUACUACUGCGUCUAUUGCGUGUUCCUUGGAUUCGAAGUAUACAUCAUUUACUUCUUCCUUAUCGAAACUCGCUAUACGCCCAUGGAAGAAAUUGCACAGUACUUUGAUGGCGAUGAUGCUGUGGAUGUUGGAGAGGUGGCCCGUGCAGAUAUGAAGGACAGAGGAAUGCUCAUGGAGGAGAAGGGCCCUCAUGCAACUACAAUCGAAAGACUAGAAAGCCAGAAGUAG